AUUGUUCUCGAAAACCCUAAUAAUAAAAGGGUAGACAAGCUCGCCGUGUAAGAAAGAAAACUCCGCUCGCCAUCGCCACCCCUAAAUUUUCUUCUUCGUCUUCCAUUCGGCACCGUUAACUUUGGGCAGAAGAAGAAUGGAUCAGCAACAACAGCAGCAGCAGAUCGCCGUGAUUCUUGGCUCGGCGGAGUCCGGCCCCUUCGAAUCUUUGAUUGGUCAGUUGAUGUCCGCGGCGAACGAGCAGCGCUCCCACGCUGAGUCGCUUUUCAACCUCUGCCGCGACCUCCAUCCGGACGCCCUCGCCCUGAAGCUUGCUGCCGUCCUCCACGCCUCCCCCGCCCUUGACUUCCGCGCCAUGUCCGCCGUCCUUCUCCGCAAGCUCCUCACCCACCGUGACUCCGACGCUCCGUUCUGGCCCCGCCUCUCUUCCGCCUCCCAGACCUCGCUCAAGUCCCUCCUCCUGGCCGUCCUCCACCAGGAGUCCGACCGCUCCACUGCCAAGAAGGUCGCUGACACCAUCUCCGCCCUUGCUGUCUCCCUCCUCCCCGACUCCGCCUGGCCUGAUCUUCUCCCCUUCCUUUUUCAUUCUGUCUCUGCCUCCGACACCCCUCCUCGCCUACAGGAGUCUGCCCUCCUCAUCUUUGCCCAGAUCGCAUAUGUCCUCGCCGACGACGCGUCCUUCAUUGGCUCUCACCUCCCCACCCUUCACACUCUCCUCCUCGCCGCCCUCUCCCACCCUUCCUCUCCAGAUGUCCGCGUCGCUGCACUGUCUGCGGCCGUCAACCUUGUCACUUCCUUGGAGUCUGCUGCUGAUCGUAACCGCCUAGCUGACCUCCUCCCUCCCAUGAUGCGAACCCUUACUGAGUCUCUCAACUCUGGUAACGAAGCUACAGCUCAGGAGGCCCUUGAGCUCCUUGUCGAACUUGCAGGUGCAGAGCCACGGUUUCUUCGUCGUCAGAUUGGUGAUGUUGUUGGAGCCAUGAUUCAAAUUGCUGAGGCAGAUGGACUCGAGGAGGGUACACGACACUUGGCUAUUGAGUUUAUCAUCACUCUUGCUGAAGCGAGGGAGCGUGCCCCUGGGAUGAUGCGGAAACUACCUCAGUUUCUUAGCAGACUCUUUUCUGUGCUCAUGAAGAUGCUUCUUGAUUUAGAGGAUGAUCCUGCUUGGUACACUGCUGAGGUUCAGGAUGAGGAUGCUGGGGAAACUAGCAACUAUGGUGUUGCACAGGAGUGUCUUGACCGUCUUGCGAUAGCAGUUGGUGGAAACACAAUCGUUCCGGUAGCCUCUGAGCUGUUACCAGCUUUCCUGGCUGCUUCCGAGUGGCAGAAACACCAUGCUGCCCUUAUCGCCCUUGCACAGAUUGCUGAGGGUUGUUCAAAGGUGAUGUUAAAAAAUUUGGAGCAAGUGGUGACCAUGGUCCUAUGCUCUUUUCAAGAUCCUCAUCCACGUGUUCGUUGGGCAGCAAUUAAUGCUAUUGGACAGUUAUCCACUGAUUUGGGGCCAGAUCUCCAAACUCAGUAUCAUCAGAGGGUGCUUCCGGCAUUGGCAUCAGCAAUGGAUGAUUUUCAGAAUCCUCGUGUGCAGGCUCAUGCAGCUUCAGCUGUUCUAAAUUUCUGUGAAAAUUGCACUCCUGAUAUUUUGACACCUUACCUAGAUGGAAUUGUAGGAAAGUUACUUGUUCUGCUACAGAAUGGGAAGCAGAUGGUUCAAGAAGGAGCUUUAACAGCUUUAGCUUCAGUUGCAGAUUCAUCACAAGAACAAUUUCAGAAGUACUACGAUGCUGUUAUGCCUUACCUCAAAGCCAUAUUGAUGAAUGCAACUAACAAAUCAAACAGAAUGCUUCGUGCAAAAUCAAUGGAGUGCAUAAGUUUGGUGGGAAUGGCAGUGGGCAAGGAGAAGUUCAGGGAUGAUGCUAAACAGGUAAUGGAAGUUUUGCUGGCACUGCAAGGAUCACAAGUGGAGACAGAUGACCCUACUACAAGCUAUAUGCUUCAGGCAUGGGCCAGGUUAUGCAAAUGUCUAGGGCAGGAUUUUCUACCGUACAUGAGUGUUGUUAUGCCUCCAUUGCUUCAAUCCGCCCAACUGAAACCAGAUGUAACUAUCACAUCUGCAGGCUCAGAUGAUGACAUAGACGAUUCAGAUGAUGAAAGUGUUGAGACCAUUACUCUUGGAGAUAAAAGGAUAGGAAUUCGGACAAGCGUGUUGGAGGAGAAAGCCACUGCUUGUAACAUGCUUUGUUGCUAUGCUGACGAGCUAAAAGAGGGAUUCUAUCCAUGGAUUGAUCAGGUUGCCCCAACAUUGGUACCUCUACUUAAAUUCUAUUUCCAUGAAGAAGUAAGGAAGGCUGCUGUUGCAGCUAUGCCGGAAUUACUACGAUCUGCAAAACUAGCAGUUGAGAAGGGGCAAGCACAAGGUCGUGAUGAAUCAUAUAUUAAGCAAUUAUCAGACUACAUAAUUCCAGCUCUUGUUGAAGCAUUGCAGAAGGAACCAGAAACAGAAAUCUGUGCAAGCAUGCUUGAUUCACUGAAUGAGUGCAUGCAGCUAAGUGGAUCACUUCUUAGUGAAGACCAAGUCAGAAGCAUAGUUGAACAGAUAAAACAUGUGAUAACUGCAAGUGCAGCUAGGAAAAAGGAAAGGGCAGAAAGGACCAAAGCCGAGGAUUUUGAUGCAGAGGAAGAGGAAAUCCUCAAGGAAGAAAAUGAACAGGAGGAAGAAGUCUUUGAUCAGAUUGGGGAUUGCCUUGGAACUCUGAUUAAGACCUUCAAGGCAUCUUUCCUUCCGUUCUUUGAUGAGCUCUCUCUUUAUAUUACUCCGAUGCUGGGGAAGGAUAAAACACCCGAGGAGAGAAGGAUUGCCAUUUGCAUCUUUGAUGAUGUUGCAGAACAAUGCCGGGAAGCAGCUCUUAGAUAUUAUGAUACCUACCUUCCUUUCCUUUUAGAAGCAUGUAAUGAUGAUAAUGCAGAUGUUAGGCAGGCUGCUGUUUAUGGUGUUGGUGUUUGUGCUGAAUUUGGUGGUUCUGUGUUUCGGCCUUUGGUUGGAGAGGCUCUCUUUAGUUUGAAUAAUGUGAUUGGACACCCUGAUGCAUUGCAAUCAGAUAAUGUAAUGGCAUAUGAUAAUGCUGUUUCAGCACUUGGAAAAAUAUGCCAAUUUCAUCGUGAUGGUAUUGAUGCAGCGAAGGUCGUCCCAGCUUGGUUGAGUUGCUUGCCGAUAAAGAAUGAUUUAAUCGAGGCCAAAAUUGUUCAUGAGCAACUUUGUUCGAUGGUCGAAAGGUCAGAUAGAGAACUUUUGGGUCCAAACAAUCAGCAAAUUCCAAAAAUAGUUGCUGUGUUUGCAGAGGUCCUGUGCGGAGGGAAGGAUCUGGCUACGGAGCAGACUGUUAGUAGAAUCAUCAGUCUCUUGAGGCAAAUUCAACAGACGCUGCCACCGGCUGUCCUUGCUUCAACCUGGUCCACCCUGCAGCCUCAGCAACAGCUCGCCUUGCAAUCUGUAUUAUCUUCUUAAGUCAUUGCCUGUAUCUGUUCUCUCUUCUGGUCUGCAUGUUUUUCCUAAUCCGCAACAUUUUCGCCAUGGCAAUGGCAUUCCGUGUUCCACUCGUCGAGUUUAUUAAAAAUAUGGGGGGCCUUGUUAGUUGAGUUGCUUUUCGUCCGCAAGAGAAUUUUGUAAUUUUGGUGGGAUUGGUGUACAAAGUGACAGUCAUCACAUAUUUAUUUGAGUCUGCGGUGUAGAUUGUGGAGGGUUGAGAAAGAUUGUAUUUUCAUGGAUAUAUAUAUAAUUUUGGUUAUAAUGGGAGUCAUUGCCCAGAUGGACACUUCAAUUC